UUGUUUUGUUGUUGCUUGUUGCCUGCAUCCGGUAAACAACAAUUAAAAUAAACAAGAAGAAUAAGCGAGCUUGCUGUCAGGCAAGCUUACAGGCUGUUUAUUUUUUUAAACAAUAUUUUUUUCGUGCAUACGUGUAAAAAGCAUAAUGUUGCAUUAUCUAUAUAAUAUGUGAGAUGGAUUUCGCGAAUCGCAAUAAUACGGCCAACAAGUUUGUCUGCCCCAGCGACAGGCAGCUGGCCCUGCGUGCCAAAUUGAAAGCCGGCUGGAGCAGCUCAAAGACCAAUGAACCGCUGCGCCCGGAGGAGCAGGAGGCGAUUAUUUCCGUGAUACGGCGGAAUGAGGAAAUCGAGAUUGCGGAACGGCAGCGUGUGGGCCGGCUUGUGGAGCGCGUGGAGAAGAUAAAGCUGCACGCCGUGGAGCGCGGCCCCAACUGCUGUCGCCUGUGCGGCGAUGCGUUUGGCCUGCUGCGGCCGCAGCGCAUCCUGUGCGAGGACUGCCGCAAGUCCGUGUGCACCAAGUGCAGCGUGGACAUCAACAUUAGGUACCACAACAGCGAGCGCACGCGCGAAAUUUGGCUGUGUCGCAUCUGCUCCGAGACGCGCGAGAUGUGGAAGAAGUCGGGCGCCUGGUUCUUCAAGGGCUUGCCCAACUACGAUAUGCCGGUGCGCAGUGCCAGCGCCGCCAAUACGCCCAUGUCGACGCCCAUGGCCGGGGGAGUGGGCGCCGGCGGUGUGGGCGCGUACGCUGGAGCCGGGGCAGGCAAGGGCGCCCGGGCCGUGCAGAGCUGCCAUGGCACGCCGGCGCGUGGCGCACGCAUCAAGAAGCUGACGAUACGCGUCAACGAUAGCAGCAGCAGCGCCAGCAACAGCAGCGCCAGCAACAGCAGCGCCAGCGGCCAGUCGGAGCCGGAGGAGGACCAGCUGGAUGCGGCCAAGUCGAGCACAGCGGCCGGCGCCGCUGGCCAGCGACUGCAGCGGGAUGAAAGCUUUCGACUGCGCGCCUACGGCUCCAUACGCAGCUUCAUCGAUGGCGGCGAACGCAAGUUGUCCAACUCCUUCUUGUUCGGCCGCCAGACGAACUCCAGGCCAGCGGACGGCCAGGACUAUGACAACAUCUCGAAUGCGUCCACAGUGGCGCAGCUGCGACGCGAGGGCAGCUUCAUGCGUCGCAGCUCGGUCAGCUCCUCGUGGUCGUUCAGCGACAGCUCCGGCUCGGGCAAUUCGGCAACGCAAAACACGCAAAACCCGCAGCAGCAAAAGCAACAACAACAACAACAACAACAACAACAACAACAGCAGCAGCAACACUGUCGCGAUCCUUUGCUAGGCUGGCUGGAGCUGGCGAUCAGCUAUCGGGAGAGCUUCCACAGCUUGGACUGCACGAUGGUGCGGGCCAGAGACUUGCCAGCGAUGGAUGCCAGCGGCCUCGCCGAUCCCUACUGCAAGCUGAACAUCGUAACGCCCGAGGGCCAUACGAAAUAUACGCGCUGGCAGCGCACCAAAACGGUUCACAAGACCCGCAAUCCCGACUUCAAUGAGACCCUCCAGUUCGUGGGCGUUGAGCCCGAGGAGCUGGGCAACUCGCUGCUCUACGUGGCGCUCUUCGAUGACGACAAGUAUGGACACGACUUUCUGGGCGCCGCCAAAGUCUGCCUAUCCACGGUGCAUAGCACAGCGCAGUACCGGAUCUCCGUGCCGCUGGGUGUGGAGGAUCAGUAUAGCAACGAGGCGGAGCUGUCGCAGAGCUGGCCAAAUGGCAAGAUGCUCAUCUCGCUGUGCUACAAUACGAAGCGGCGGGCGCUGGUUGUCAACGUGAAGCAGUGCAUCAAUUUGCUGGCCAUGGACAACAACGGCAGCUCGGAUCCCUUUGUCAAGCUGCAACUGAAGCCGGAUGCGCAUAAAAACAAGAAGCACAAGACGAGCGUCAAGUGGCGCACUUUGAAUCCCGUUUACAACGAGGAAUUCUAUUUCGAGGCCAGUCCGCACGAUCUGAACAAGGAGAUGCUCAUCCUCACCGUCUGGGACAAGGAUCUGGGCAAGAGCAACGACUUUCUCGGCAGCCUCCAACUGGGCGCCCAAAGCAAAGGCGAUCGCCUGCAGCAGUGGCUCGACUGCAUCCGGCUGCCCGAUCAUUUCCAUGAGAAAUGGCAUUCCCUGGCCAGCGAUAAUCCCACACAUUAGCCAACCAAUAUAGC